GAGAAAGAGACAGAAAGAGAGAGAGAUAGAGAGAGAAAGAGAGAGAGAGAGACUGAAACCCCAUAAUGCACUGCACGCUGCAGGGCUGAAGUCGUGCAGAUUCAUCAGUUCCUGUUCGGAGGGAUUGUGUGUGAGCACACAAACUCAUACACCCAAGAUCGAGUGCGAGAGAAACACACACACAGACAACCAGGCAGAGAGAAGUGCCUUCUUUCGAUGACCCCUUUGGCUGUUUGGCUCUACUGAAGCCACCUCUGCCUCUGUGCCUGUCCAUGUCUGCUGGAGUUGCCAGUCACACCAGGAGCCCCAGGACUGCCAACCCCAUUCACUGAGCCAGUCUCCACACCACUGACACCACCCCCCUCCAUCUCCUGCUCUGUCUGACAGGCAGACCUCUCUCCAUCCAUGCCACUAAGCCCUCCUCUGUGCAAGUCAACCACUCCUCCCUCCUCUGCAGACAGAGCCUGAUACUGAAGACAGACAGCUUUUAACGGCUGCUUUGAGCGGAAGGAGAUUGUCUCUCUGCUGUCCCCUCCACCGCAGCCUUCUCCUCCUCCUCCUCCUCCUCCUCCUCCUUCUCCUUCCUCCUCUCCUCCAGCCCUGCAUCUUUUCAUCAUGGGCCAACUUGAUCGAUAAUGUGUUUUGCCAUUCGUCUCAUCUGACAGUUCAGCCGAGGAGCGAGGUGAUAGAGAGGACUGCCGUGUGUGUUUGAGAGAGAGCGAACGAACGAAAGAGAGAGAGAUUACAAAGCAAACCUCUGUGGCCGUCACCAGCCCAGGCCCUGGGUGACAGGCUGUGAAGGAUUCCUAUUACAGCCACAAACAGACUCUUAGGAUGGGCCGCAGGUGGUAGGCGAGUCCCAAAGCCUCACAGGCUUUACCUCUGAAUCAGACCCCGGAGACAAAACUUCUUAAAACCGUCCGUUUCCCAUGUCCUUUACCUAUUCUUUCUCAUCAUUCGUCCCAGUGUCGUUAGAAACAUACAGACGCGCACAUAAUUGCAUUUCCCGGAUACCCAUUCCUCUCAAUCGACCCCUCCUGCCUGGUUCGAAAUGGCGGUAAACGUGACACCGAUCCGGGACACAAAGUGGCUGACGUUGGAGGUUUGUCGGGAAUUCCAGAGAGGAACGUGUUCACGACCGGACAGCGAAUGCAAGUUCGCCCACCCUGCCAAGAGCUGUCAGGUGGAAAACGGCAGGGUCAUUGCCUGUUUUGAUUCACUCAAGGGCCGCUGUUCCAGAGAGAACUGUAAGUACCUGCAUCCUCCUCCUCACCUAAAGACCCAGCUGGAGAUCAAUGGAAGGAACAACCUCAUCCAGCAGAAAAACAUGGCCAUGCUGGCACAGCAGAUGCAGCUCGCCAAUGCCAUGAUGCCCGGAACACAGCUACAGCCAGUGCCGAUGUUUUCAGUCACACCCAGCCUUGCAACCAAUGUCAAUGCUGCUGCGGCGGCGGCCGCUGCGUUUAACCCCUACCUUGGCCCUGUGUCGCCCGGCCUGAUGCCCACUGACAUCUUGCCCAGCGGCCCUGUACUGGUCACCAGCAACCCCAAUGUCCCCGUACCAGCUGCUGCUGCUGCUGCUGCACAGAAACUCAUGAGAACAGACAGACUGGAGGUAUGUCGGGAAUACCAGCGGGGUAACUGCACACGUGGGGAAAACGACUGUCGCUUUGCCCACCCUGCAGAUAGUACAAUGAUCGACACCAACGACAACACAGUCACUGUGUGUAUGGACUACAUUAAGGGCCGCUGCUCGAGGGAGAAGUGCAAGUACUUUCACCCUCCGGCUCACCUGCAGGCCAAGAUCAAAGCCGCCCAACACCAAGUCAACCAGGCUGCUGCUGCUGCAGCCAUGACUCAGUCGGCUGUCAAAUCACUGAAGCGACCCCUCGACGCAACUUUUGACCUGGGGCUCCCUCCCGUCUUGCCUCCUUUACCAAAGAGACCUGCACUUGAAAAAGCCAACGGUGCCACCACUAUGUUCAAUGCUGGCGUAUUCCAGUACCAACAGGCCCUGGCCAACAUGCAGUUUCAGCAGCAGGCUGCCUUCAUACCAUCAGGCUCGAUAUUGUGCAUGACACCUGCAACAAGUGUUGUACCCAUGAUGCACGGUGCUACUCCAGCCACUGUGUCUGCAGCCACCACAUCUGCCACAAGUGUUCCCUUUGCAACCGCAACAGCCAAUCAGAUUCCAAUAAUAUCUGCAGACCAUCUGACUAGUCACAAGUAUGUGACCCAGAUGUAGGAGUCUCAAUCAGAACAAUGGAACUGGAGCGUGCUGGUGUCAAGUCCAAGAUUAAAUGGUCACCCCUCAUGCCUGUAACAUCGAGAGCGAAAUGGAGAACCAAAUCUCAAUUGUUUUUGGAAUAAAUCUGCAUGUUAACAUUAAGGAGGCACAGUUUGUUAGGAUUGUUUUCAUGUGUACUUCACGCACACUAUUACACAACAACAACAACAACAAAGAAAAAGAACAUCAUUUGCAUUAAAGACUGCCUUUCGCUCUGUAGAGGCAACUUACCUUUAUUCACCGGACACACUUUGAAUGUUAACAUGAGGUAAAUGUGUGGAGCAGUCAUAAAAAAAACAAAAAAAAAACAACAAAAACAAUCGGCUGGAUUGGUACGUCCAUUGACCAAGAAUCAUGACUUAUGUUUUGUUUAUUGGUUGUUGGUCUCUGACCUAAAUGUGUUCAUUUGUUUACACAGAGGUGCACCUUGUAUUUCAGUUGAGGUAAAAAAAAAAAAAAGGAAGGGGAAAUCUGACUGAACCACAUAUGCAUGCACACUGAUUUUCUUUAUGAUUUUCUUUUGUUAAACCAAUGAUAAGGGAAAUAACACGAGUGCACUCAGAGGCAAAAUAGCAACUGAAUGUCUGUGAGGUGUCUUUCAAACCUUUGUAGCCUACCUUUCUAUCUCUUAAGCACAUGUCUUUAACCUUGCAGGCGUCCCUGUAAAGUGCCAUACAUCUCAAAAUACAUGAAUGGUAUUGAAGCAGUGUUACAAAGUGUUCAAUCAACAAUUCCCUUUAAUACGUCUAUUUUCUCUCUCGGACAGCAUGUAGUGUCCAGUGUCGUGACUUCCUGUCAUUACCUGUGAUUCCCAAUAGCACCACAGCUGAUUGAUUACCUUCCCUAAAUUGUCUGCUUUACUCAAAUCUUCUACUGAAUGAUUUUUUUUUUUUUUAAGACUUUGUUCUUGAUUUGACAGGAAACAACUGGAUCUGUGCUGACAGAUCUCUCCAUGAUCUUUAAGUCUAUUGACUCUAAAAGUCAGAUGAGUUGUAAGCAGGGAGGUCUUGGCCAGCGCGAGAGACCAAAGACUCUCCUGAUGAUGGAUAGCUUUGAAACAACAGGGCGAUCAGUUGGUAUCCAAACUGAAGUCAAAAAUCGACGGUGCAACUGGUGAUGGAUAUGUGAUUUGUAUGACAUGAUCUGUUUUUCAUGUUUGUAUGGUUAUGCAUAUUUUAAGGCAGACUGUCAACGUAGAUUCAGUGUAGUGUAUAUAUAGUCUGACAUAUUUAAGAAUAUUUGUUUAAUACGUCUACCUGAGAGCUGUUUUCAGAUAGUCAGCCAAAGUCUUUUUGUGUCACUGUUAAACUAGAUAUUGUAGGUAGAACUAGAGGGACGACAUUUCUGAAACACGUGGGCCGUGUUAGCGAGCCCAAAGGAAGAUGAGCUGUAAAGAGUAGAUCUCUAGAACUCUUUGUUUUCGUUGUGUUCUGGGUGUUCUUCAGGCAUAUUUAAUUGGUGGAUAGUACAGGGAAAGUGGCAAGAAUAUAAACGAUUGUAUUACUCAUCCAAAGCCUUAGAAUGUACCAUCGGGUCAGCACAAUGCAACAUGCCAUUUUGAACCAUCCAGUUGCCUAAUCCACGCCAUAUUGACACAUACACACACACACACACACACACAUACACACACACACCUACACACACAGAGCACUAUGUAAUUGUCACUUUUUUGUCAGUGUUUUCUUAACUUCCUUGUAGUUUUUUUGUUUUUGUUUGUUUGGUUGUUUUUUUUCUUUAGAUGAGGAGUGUUUUACAUUAUUUUGUUUGGAUGAUAUUUUGAUAUUUAGUUCAGAUUUUCAGUUUUGCUUAUUCUAUUUAUCUUUCUUACAAUGAAUAUAAGGUAAAAAAAAAAAGAAAAAAGGAAAAAAAAGUGUGUGUUUGUGUGUUCCUCAUGCACAGUUUCCUGAAAUUCCAUGUAAUGUUAAUUUUAGUAUGAUUAUGAUUGUAAACUCAAUAUUUUCUACGUUAUGCAUAUUGUUGAACUGUAUGCAUAUUGUUCAUUUCUCUAGUCCUUUUGUGUUCUUUGAACAAAGAUGUUUUAUAUGAGUAUCUAACAGUGAUGAAAUAAUAGAACAGAGAGGCUAAGUUGUCACUGUGGCAACCAUCGCCGAUAACCGAGUAAUAUUUUAAUGAUUGUAAGGUUUGUAACUAGUCAUAUAAGAAAAAAAAAGACUAUUAUAAAAAAUCUAGUUCUUAGAUGUUUAGAGUAAAGAUGUUAUUUUCUACUGUAUCCAUUUCAAAUAGUAACUAUUGUUUUAAUAUUUUUACUCUCCCUGGAAAUUGGGCCAUGUUGGAAAACAAGCUGCAUAUUUGAUCACUUUUUCGGGGGCGUUGCUGGCGGGGUCAGGUGAACGUGGUGAGUAAGGAACUGAGUCGUCACACUCAUCUCUUACUUAGCCAACUGCAAACAACAAGGGUGGGUUGGGGAAUCUCGAGGCGACAAAGGUGAUAAAGGUUGACUUUUUUGCACUUCUGUACAUAGUCAAAAAAAGAGAGAAUCAUGUAUAUUGAGAUCUUAUUUUGAAUAAAAAAAAAUAAUGUCUAUAAUGACAAGGAAUUUUGCUAGGAUAACAAAAAAAAUCUUAUGAAAGGCUGAACAAAAUUGCUUGCAUCAAAAGGGCACUGAGUUCUCACUCUCCGACCCCUUUCAGAAAAGGCCAAGUGUUGCUCUUCUUUUUUGUCAGCAGCUUGUAGUUUGCCAGGUAACCUUCCGGAGGAGGCGUCCACUAACCUCCAGCGUAAGGGCCUGACUGGGUUUGUCUGGUCCCCUAACCUGCCUGUAGUGACAGGUCUGUGUGUCAUGGCCACGCCCUCCCAGGCCCAACAAAUCACAACACGUCCUGUCUCUUUACUUUACUCAGAGAGGAAUGCAUGUUAAAGGAAAUACAUAUACCGUUUAAAAAAAAAAAAAAAAAUCACGACAGUAAUAUUGAAUAAGAAAACAUGUUACACAGAAAGAUGUAUUUACAGUAUACAAUAUUCUAUCAAUGUAAUGGAAUAAAAUAUAUAUAAAAAAUACAAAAAUAGAAUAGUGGUUUAUUUAAAAAAAUAAAUAAAAAAAAGAUUCCUGAAAAUAUACUCACUAAAGUUUUACCACUUGGAGAGUUAAAAUACAUGCAACACAAACACCAUAGCUAUAAGUAUGUUCUUUAUGUUUAUGUAAGCUGUGCUUCUAGUAGAUGAAACUGACCAAACAGGAAUGUAGUUCAACAUCAGGGGCAGAGUUUAGGAAUCAUUUCAGACUGAAAUACUGUUUAGUGGUUUGGUCAUCAAGUCGUUAGUUUGAAAUAUUGUCCUGAUCAUCUUUGUCAUCUCUCAUCUCCUACAAGCACGCAUGCUUACGUUUAUAAUAUAAUGUAAACUGAACUUUUUUUUUUUUUUUCAUUUGUUGUUUGUUUUUCUCUGCUUGUAGUGCUAAUAUGAUGUAUUCUGUCUUCUGCUGCAGUUUGUUUCUGCUUGUUUUACUGCUCCAGGCCCCCUGAAAGAAAUGUUGGCUAGCUCACCACCUCCUCUGAAAAGCACCUGUAGAGAAAACCCUCGGAUUGUCAGAGUCUAAAGCCAUAAAAUAUAAUCUCAUUAGAAUGAAAUGUGUGAGAAGAAACCCGGAAAGACAGAGGUGGGAAAUUGUACCUUGUGAAGCUGGUAGGAACGUGUCUGCUGGGGUUUUAUUAACUACAACAUCAUGUAAUAAUAACUGAACUCAUGAAUGUAGCUAAUAUAACCUGUGGUGUGCUGUGCCAACUUUGAUGGAUGUGUGUGGUUAAGGAAAAACUUCAUGAUACAUUUUUUUUCAUGGGGCCUGCAUUGCUAUAUUUGAUUCUUGCUGUUAUGAAUAAAAAAAAAUGUAAUAAAAAUUUACAAAUGAACUGAAGUAAAAAA